AUGGGACCUCCAGGCCCCCCAGGAAAACCUGGUGCCCCCGGUAAACCUGGACAGAUCGGGCCAAAAGAAAAAAGUAAUUUUUAUUUCAUUGCAGGAGAGGUUGGAAAGCCUGGUUCCAAGGUUUCUUUCCCAGGCCCUCCUGGUCAAAAAGGAGACCGGGGAGCUGUAGGAAGGACUGGAACACGGGGAGCAAAAGGAGAAAGAGGACAAACUGGGAAGUCUGGGGUGAAGUAUGUUCGUUGGGGAAGGACCACAUGUCCCAGUGGCGCUAAAGUUGUUUAUAAAGGUAUAAUUGGUGGUGAUCGUUAUGUUCACCAUGGCGGUGGAGUAAACUAUCUUUGCCUUCCAAACAAUCCUAGGUAUGACAAGUACAAAGAUGGACAGCAGUACGUUGGAUACGUUUACGGCACUGAGUAUGAAGUCAACGGUUUCAACCCAUUUAAGAAAAAUCUCCAUGACCAUGAGGCACCGUGCGUUGUUUGCUUCGUCAAGUCACGCGGCUCAAUGUUUAUGAUGCCUGCAAGGAAUGAUUGUCCAUCUGGCUGGACCGAGGAGUAUCAUGGGUACCUGAUGACUGAGUACUGGAAGCACCCCAAACAACGUGACUCCAUAUGUGUUGACGAGGAUGCGGAGUAUGUUCCCGGUACGCAGGCCAACAAGGAUGGUGCGUUACUGUACCCUGUGGAGGGAGAGUGCACUGGCUCACUUCCAUGUAAACCAUAUGUCGAUGGGAGAGAGUUAACGUGCACUGUUUGCACCAAGUGACCGACGACGGCCAUAACAGUGAAAACCAAGGCUACAGAACAAGAUUUCUUGAAGAGCAAUUUUUGUGAUUUAAUGUAGCGUAAAGAUGAAUCGAAACUUGAUCAGUUUUAGUCAAAGAAGUAGACCAUGAUGAACUCUGCGCUUUUAAUCAAAAGUAUCGAAUU